CCUUUAUGUAACGAAUAAAUGGAUAAUGGUGGCUGGGUUGGUUGGACUUUUCUUCUUCUUCCUCUUCGUUUCAGUUUUUUCCAAGUUAGGAAUUUUCUCUGAGUUCGUGGUCAAUGGCGAAUUCACUGGUUGUAAGCUUGAAAAUAUGGUUCUCGGUAUUGGGUUUUGUUAUGGUGCUCACUCUAGUUUACACUCUGUCCGUCGAUGGUCUUCCUUUCCGCAAAGAGCUUCUCACUCCGUGGAUGACAGCAACCUUGGUUGAUUUCUAUAUCAACGUUGUAUUUUUAGCGGCUUGGGUUUUAUACAAGGAAUCAAAUUGGAUCAGUACAACAAUCUGGAUAAUUCUGCUUGUAUGUUUUGGCAGCAUUACUACAUGUGCCUACAUUGUUGUGCAAUUGAUGAAGCUACCCACUCAAGAAUCAAGGCGAGAUCCAAUUAAUUACAUUCUGUUGCGGCAUCCAUAUAAGGAUGAUGUGGAACAAAAGAGGAAACACUCCCCUGUGGUGAUCACAAGAGUCAUUUUUAUUGUUUUGGGUUGUUUGAUGUCAGGAACUCUGGUUUAUACUAUAUUAACUGAUGGUUCUCCUUUUCGCAAAGAGCUUUUGACACCGUGGAUGAUAGCAACACUUAUUGACUUCUAUAUCAAUGUUAUUGCUCUAUCGGUUUGGGUUGCCCAUACAAGUUCAACUUUUGUUGCUGCAAUCUUUUGGAUAGUUUUGUUGAUAUGUUUUGGCAGCAUUGCAACAUGUAUAUACAUUGUACAGCAACUGUUCCAUUUGACAACCCAAGAUCCAGUCUACCUUGUUUUAUUAAAAAGCGAAGACAGGGCAGAAAGCAGGUAUGAGGGAACAUUGUUGUGAGACAAUAUGAACUCGGUUUGAUGGCAGAGGAAGUUCAAGAGCAAUUUGGUUUGUUUUCAAAAAUGAAAUCUCCAUUCUAACCACCAUUAAGACUGCAUAUUACUACAUAUGAAAGCUUUAAAGGGAAAGCAGAGUUGAAAUUAUCCUAGGAAAUUGGGACCAUGAAAAUGUGUUUUUUUCUUGUCCACUCCUAAAAUAAUUUCACUUAUAUUGAUGAAGUUCUAGUUCAUUAA